AUGACGCCAGUAGCUCAUAGCUCCAUUCAGGUCCGCAAAGUGCACCACGCCCUCCCCCGCCCAGACGCGGAAGCUCCAACACCCGGCUCAAGCCUCGGCUCGCACCGUCCGUACAGCAUGGCAUCCCCCGCCGGCGUCGCCCAGGGCGGCGUCUGCCGUACAACAUGGCCGCCUACGGGCGCACCUCAGCCCCUCCCACCCAGCCACCGGAAGUUUCCAUUUGAAACCCAAGCGGCAGACCCGGCUGGCUGUGCGGCAGUUGCCGCGGAACGCCGUUUGAAUCCGAGAGACGAGGAUUGCGGGCAGGAGCUCCAGGCAUCUGGGGCCCAGCCUUGCCACCUCGUUGCGAUGACUGGCGUGGUUAAGACAAUGUACGCACUGCAACCCUCCUCGGUGUUGAGCAGCUGCCCGUCCGCAGACACACAAACUCGAGCCAAUUCUAAGAGCUUAUUACCUGUAAAGUCUAAAGAAGUUGAUGUUUCCAGAAUGCUUCAUUCAGGAGUUUCAGAAAAUGAUAUGAAAAUCAUCAAACCGAGAAGAGAGAACGGGCAGAUGAAAGCUGCAGAUACUGCCAUCAAGAAGAACAUUAAAAAGAGCAACAGACCACUGAGUAAGCAGAAAUCAGAGGAAGAGCUCAAAGAUAAGAACCAGCUCUUAGAGGCUGUCAACAAGCAGUUGCACCAGAAGUUGACUGAAACUCAGGGAAAACUGAAGGACCUGACCCAAAAGGUGGAGCUGCUGCAGAAGUUUCAGAACAACAGUCUGGCGAUUUUGGAGAGCAAGGGCCUCAUCCCAGACAGCGAAAUCCUGGCAUCACAGCAAGAACCCAGCGAGGAUCACGUGGACUCUCUGUUGCUGUUAGAAACUUUGCAAGAUGAACUGAAGCUUUUUAAUGAAACAGCCAAAAAGCAGAUGGAGGAGUUACAGGCCUUAAAAGUAAAGUUGAAGAUGAAAGAAGAAGAGAGGGCCCGCUUCCUAGAACAGCAGACUUUAUGUAACAGCCAAGUAAAUGAUUUUACAACAGCCCUUGAGGAAAUGGAACAACUAUUAGAAAUGUGAUAAAAAGCAAGUGGCCAGAUGGCUCUCUCUCGGGAAUUAACUCUCAGAAGAAGCCACUAACGACAUCUGCUGCUUGGCCAUGAUCAUCCCCAGAAUUAAAACAGUUUCUACAGUAGGAUUAAGGACAGUUUAUGCUGAAAUGGCAGUUCCUCCUUUAAACAAGAUUUCCCAACCUUCAGAUUAGUCAGCUCUCGAACCUCACAUGUACAUAACUGAGGUCUACAGGAGUGGGGCCUGGAAGCUGGAUCAACUUCUAGGCAACAAAGCAACAUACUGUUAGAACCUGGAGACUAAACCAGCCACAGUCAGAGGAUCCAAAAGGCCACAUUCAGAUGUGCGGGAAGAAACCCUCAGUUGUACAGUGAGGCACAGGUGCUCCACAGGAAACAUCUGAGGAGCUACGCAGCCGCCUUUGAAUUUGGAACACAUUGUGUCCCAUCCUGGUCGGACUCUAUACCUCACUGUAAAUGUUUUAACUUCAAGGUACUUGAAAUGGCUUAAUAAAUGGGGUGGAGGAAUAGAUAGCAGUAACACCUAC